UAUAUCAUCCGCAUACCACUGCAACGUAUUUUUUGGUCUCCGAAUAAUUAAAAAAAAUAAUAAAGAAGAAUACUAACGAUAUCUAAUCCCAUCCUAAUUCGGCCAGCCACCCCUCAUAAAAUACUAAUCGAAAAAUACUUCAUCAAGAACAGUAUUUUUCAGUAUUUUAUUUUUAGUAUUUUUGGUAUUUUUUGCGAUUUUUGUUCCAUCGUUCCACCAAAAUCCUGGGGAUUAUUUUUACAAUAAUUCAGCCACGCAUAUCGACUGUUUUAGCAGGUCGAGACCCUAUUUCCACCAGUCCGUAAUUUCUUUUCUGAUUUUUGUCCGAAAUAUCAGCGCGCACAUUCCGAAUCAAAAUAGCAUCCUAGUUUGGUAUGUCCAGGGAAAGUUCUAACAAACUACCCCCUGUUUCAUCACCGAAAGUUCCGAAAAUCACUAUAAGGACGCCCACACCUACAAAGGUCAAGACGCCAAUUACCAAAAGGGCUCCUUCUCCUAUCGAAAGAUCCACGCGAGCCAGCACGAAAAUGGUUGCAACGGCUGCCGAACUCGCCCUAAACCAAUUUAUUGAAGUCUCGGAUCGACUUUCCGAAUUGGAGGCGCGAAUAAAUAUUCCCGCGGCGGUCCCUCCUACGUUGUCCGUCCUCAAUAUUCGCCGAGACGAAAUCAAAGAGGUAUGGGUCCGCAUCAAAAAAGAGUACGAUGCGUGUACCGCGUGCCUUGUAGCAGCCGGAGAAAGUGCAGCUGACAUGUUGCCAGUUCUCAAGGCUAAGUACGGUUACUGCUACAGCGCGUACGAAAGGUGCGGCGCCCAAAUAGCAGACCAAAUAGCGCAGACUCCGCAAAAUCCGCAAGCUACCUCCACUCCAGAUACUCCUCAGACUUACAUUCCGUCAGGCUGCCACCUUCCGCCGUGCGAUACCGAGGUUUUUACCGGCGAUUAUCUUCGUUGGCCAACCUUCAGGGAUCUAUUCACGGCAAUUUACAUCAACAAUCCUCGACUCACUCCUGUCGAGAAAUUAUUCCAUCUCAAUGCUAAGACGAGGGGCGACGCUCACAAUAUAGUUGCAAAUUCACCCCUUACUAACGAUGGCUUUCGCUCAGCGUGGGAUAACCUCACUGAGCGUUUCGAAAACAAGCGAUUGUUAGUAAACAGUCAAUUGAAGAUACUCUUCAAUGUGCCGUCCGUCACACAGGAGUCUGGGUCAGCUUUGAAAGAACUUCAAAGUACCAUCCAGGGGUGCCUUACGGCGUUAGAAAUGUCCGGUAUUCAGGUCGAAACUUGGGAUUGCCUCUUGGUGUAUAUGUGCUCAUCCAAACUCCCAAAGCUUACGCUUUCCCUAUGGGAGCAGUCCCUUCACAACAAAGCCGAGAUCCCUACGUGGCAUGAGCUGAACGUUUUCCUAACGGAACGUCACAGAACCCUAGAAGCCAUAGAUGAUGUUCGACCAUCAGGUUCUAGUCAGGCUCAGCCCAGGGCAUCCACAUCCAACUCGGCGUCUCGGAGAAUAAAUUCUUAUGAGACAAGGGUAACGCCUCGACAACCUAGAGGGUGCGAUCUCUGUAAUAGAGAAAACCAUCCAAUACGCACAUGCGCCCAGUUUCUCCGGAUGACGGUCGACCAACGCAUCGCCUAUAUCAAACGAAAACAGCUGUGUUUGAACUGCUUUGCGCGGACACACCAGCUGCGCGACUGCGAAAGCGCACAUAAUUGCUUCACGUGCCGCGGCCGCCAUCACACCCUCCUACACCGAGGCACCCCAUCCCCAGCGCGCGCAAAUCCAACGCCAACGCCCAGAUCCAGACCGAAUACUCCCGGUCCCUCGGCUGCCAGUGGCACGCAGCCAACACUUCAAAAUUAUUUUGCGGCAGGCUCUAGGUCAGUCCUCCUAGGCACCGCCAUGAUUAAUAUAUGCCAUCAGGGUUCCAACUACCAAGCGCGAGCCUUAAUAGACUCCGGAUCUGAGGCUACCUUCAUUACUGAGCGCCUUUUCAACCUGAUUAAGCUGCCGUUCCAGGUUAUCCAAGCACAGGUCUCAGGGCUUAAUCAAACGGUCUCCGCUGAGACUAAAAAGCUCUGCCAAUUGACGAUUCGUUCUCCGACCCGGCCUAGUUUGCAGUUAAACACCACUGCCUACGUGCUUCCGCAAAUAGCCGGAAAUCUUCCCUCAUGUCCGCUUCCGCAACAUUUCCUGCGAGAUCUUCCCGAACUUCCACUAGCGGAUCCAAAGUUUUAUGAGAGCGCACAAAUAGAUCUUUUAAUCGGGGCCGAUAUACUUCCUUCCAUUCUACUAAGCGGCACCCGAGCGAAUAUCUGUGGCUCUCUUCUCGGUCAAGAGACCAUUUUCGGCUGGAUUCUAACAGGACCAGUACCCGCUCCGAGGCAAGAUAGAAUUUCAUCGUUUUCUACGCAUGUUGCACACACGUACGAAGCGUCUCUCGAUAAACUCCUCACCAAAUUCUGGGAGGUGGAGGAUCUGCCAGUAAAGGUGGCAAAAGAAUCCGACGUGAUCUGUGAGGAUAAUUUCCUUCGGACCACCACAAAAGACGAUACCGGCAGGUAUGUCGUGAGUCUUCCCUUUCGAGAUCCUGAGAACAUGAAAUGCUCCCUAGGACAUUCCAGAUCCCUGGCGUUGGCUCAAUUCUUAAGAAACGAGCAGCGGCUAAAAAGGGACAGUACGCUAAAAUCCAAGUACGACUCAGUAAUUCAAGAAUAUCUCGACCUCAACCACAUGAGAGAAGUCCCUCCUACCCACGAUUCAGCGUGUUAUUACCUCCCACACCACGCGGUGUUAAAACCGGAGAGUACGACCACCAAACUUCGAGUGGUAUUCAAUGCCUCCAGCCCUUCAGACAAUGGGGUCAGCUUAAAUGAUAUCCUUCAUGCUGGCCCGGUCCUACAGUCCGAUCUAACCAUCCAGAUCCUGAAGUGGCGAUAUUUCCGUUUUGUGUACAGUGCUGAUAUCGAGAAAAUGUACCGGCAGAUCUGGGUAGAUCCGAAGCAGACAGCGUUCCAACGUAUCUUAUUCCGCAAUAGAGAAGGAUACAUUCGCGAUUUUGAGCUAAAAACUGUUACGUUUGGGGUCAAUUGUGCACCGUUUCUGGCAAUUCGGGUCCUGCAACAGCUGGCGACCGACGUGCAACUAACCCAUCCGAGGGCGAGUAAAGUUAUUCGUGGUUGCAUGUACGUCGAUGAUGUCCUUUCGGGAGCUGACUCUGCAGAAGAGGCUCACCUUACCAUUCGCGAGUUGCAGAGUGCUCUCGAUUCGGCUGGUUUUCCAUUAAGAAAGUGGACCUCCAACCAUAAAGAAGUUCUGGCUCAUAUCGAAACCAAUCAUCUUUUAAACGCCGAGUUCCUCGAGAUAGAUACGGAAAGCACGGCGAAAACUCUCGGAGUCCGUUGGAAAGCAACAUCCGAUGAGUUUUUCUUCGCCCCUCCAGACCUAUCCAACGAAGCCACGCUCACGAAACGUCAUGUUCUUUCCCAAAUCGCCAAGCUGUUUGAUCCAGCAGGCUGGCUCGCUCCUUUCGUGGUCUGUGCCAAGAUUUUCAUGCAGGAGAUCUGGCUUCAUGAUCUUGGGUGGGAUGAUGAACUCCCAAUUGAACUGUGCCAAAAGUGGCGUGAUUUUCUCCAAAGCUACUCGGUCCUAGAUCAAGUCCGAAUUCCCAGAUGGGUUUCCUUCCGCCCAGAGUUCCGAGUCGAACAUCAUGGAUUCUGUGACGCCUCUCAAAAGGCGUAUGGUGCUGCGAUCUAUGUGCGCGUAGAAAUUGGGCACACGACGCUAGUGCAUCUCCUUACAGCCAAGACGCGCGUGGCGCCAGUCAAAACUGUGUCGCUUCCAAGGCUAGAGCUGUGUGGAGCUCUAUUGCUGUCCGAGAUGGCUGAAUCCAUCCUCCCCCAUAUGCCAGUGCUGUCCUCGAAACUCCAUUGUUGGACCGAUUCCACAAUUGUGCUUGCAUGGCUCGCCAAACCAGCAUGCCAAUGGACAACGUUCGUUGCCAAUCGGGUAACAAAGAUUACCCAGUCCACAGAGGCAGCCAAUUGGGCACAUGUUCAAUCCGAACACAAUCCAGCUGACUUGGCCAGUCGGGGAGUGCCUCUACAAGACCUGAUCGACAACUCCCUUUGGUGGCAUGGACCAACUUGGUUGUCAAAGCCACGAGAUCAGUGGCCUUCCCAAAGCACCGACUUACAGGUGACCGAAGUGGAAAGGCGUCCUGUCAAGGCCCAUGUGGCGUCCAUCCCGACAGAAGACAUCCUUGAUCGCUUUUCCAAGUUAGAUAGAGCUUUACGGGUCCUUGCGUAUGUCCACCGUUUUGUCCAGCGAUGUAAGAAACAGUCGCAGAUGUCGGAAGUCCGUCUAGAAGCCCAAGAACUUGUCGCCGCUGAACGGCUCAUGGUCAUUAGCACUCAGCGCAGAUAUUUUUCUAAUGAAUAUCGCUGCUUGAGUCAAAAGCGUCCUGUGUCCGCGACAAGUUCAAUCCUCUCCUUAAACCCCUUUCUAGAUCAGAAAGGGCUUAUAAGGGCUUGCGGCCGCAUAACGGCCUCCGAAAACUUGCGAUAUGACGAACGACAUCCGAUAAUACUCCCGUACGAAUGUGCACUCUCUCGACUACUGGUGAACUUUACGCAUCUCAUAACGUUGCACGGAGGUAACCAGUUAGUCGUACGUCUCACCCGGUCAAGAUACUGGAUUCCGAGAAUAAAGAACUUGGUAAAGGCUGUGAUUAACUCCUGCAAGGUCUGCGUUAUUCAUAAGAAGCGCUUGCAAAUUCAGAUGAUGGGAAGUUUUCCGAAAGAGCGAGUGUCUUUUUCCCGGCCAUUCACGUACACAGGGAUGGACUACGCUGGCCCUUUCGACAUCAAAAAUUACACAGGCAGAGCGUGCCUAAUUACAAAAGGGUAUGUGUUGGUUUUCGUAUGUUUCUCCACAAAGGCCAUCCAUCUAGAGCCUACAUCCGAUCUGACGACCGAGAAAUUUCUCGCCGCUUUCGCUCGGUUCGUAUCCAGAAGAGGUUGUCCCCGUCAAGUGCAGUCCGACAAUGGGAAAACCUUUGUCGGCGCUGCCACCCUGCUCUCCCGAGAUUUUCUACAAGCCGUAAAAGAGUCUGUGACUGAUGCGUAUAGUCAUCAGCAGCUCAACUGGCAAUUCAUUCCUCCGGGGGCACCCCAUAUGGGAGGCCUGUGGGAAGCUGGUGUCAAAAGCUUCAAAACCUUGUUUUACAAGUCCACCGCUACUCGAAAGUACACCUUUGAAGAGCUUUCAACCCUCCUAGCGAAAAUUGAAGCUUGUCUAAAUUCCAGACCGCUAUCUCCCAUGUCAGAAGAUCCUACUGAUCUCUUAGCGUUGACACCAGGGCAUUUUCUCGUCGGCGGACCUCUUCUGUCCAUAGUAGAGCCCGAAUUAAAAGGGGAAUCCAAGUCCAUUGUGAAUCGGUGGCAACACUUAAAGGCGCUCCAUCAGCAAUUCCAAGCUCGAUGGAAAGAGGAGUAUCUCAAGGAGCUCCACAAGCGUAACAAGUGGCAGGCCCCGACCGCAAAUCUCCGCGUUGGCGACCUGGUAGUCGUCAAAGAAGACAAUCUGCCCUCGAAUGAGUGGCGCCUUGGCAGAAUCGACUCUGUUUUUCCGGGGGCUGACGGCAAUGUCCGUGUCGUCAACAUUCUCACGGCACGCAAGAUUAUUAAGCGUCCCGUGACCAAGGUGGUUCUUCUGCCAGGAGAACACUCCAGCCGUCUUCCUCAACCAACAUCCUCCGCAUAAUUCUCCAACCAUCCUCGUCAUCUAAUCAUUUUUAAAUCAUCUCCAUGUUUGUUUCUUUUUGUCCAUUACUCCCUACCAGAUCACAUCA